CAAUAACACGUCGACAUGGAGAAAAUAAACAGAAAAGUGGCACAGCCGUUGUUGACGCCAGAAACAGUCAUGUAAAUGUCUGUUUAGCGCGACUUUACGUGCUGUGCUUAUCGACAGAAAUAAUAUUUUAUUGAAUAUCCGUCGAUUCGGAUGAAACUAAUGUUGGUGGCAACAUGGACAGUGACCUGAGUCCACAGGAUAAAAAAGACCUGGACAAGUUCAUUAAAUUCUUUGCUUUGAAGACUGUCCAGGUGAUAGUCCAAGCCCGCCUAGGAGAGAAGAUUUGCACUCGGUCCUCUUCAUCACCCACUGGUUCUGAUUGGUUUAAUCUGGCCAUCAAGGACAUCCCAGAGGUGAGUCAUGAAGCGAAGAAGGCUCUGGCCGGCCAACUCCCGGGCAUCGGGCGCUCCAUGUGCGUGGAGAUCUCCCUGAAGACGUCGGAGGGCGACUCAAUGGAAUUAGAGACUUGGUGCCUGGAAAUGAAUGAAAAGUGUGAUAAAGACAUAAAGGUGUCGUACACGGUCUACAACCGUCUGUCUGUCCUUCUGAAGUCGCUCAUGGCCAUAACCAGGGUGACGCCUGCCUACAAACUGUCCAGGAAGCAGGGACACGACUACGUCAUAUUAUACAGGAUCUACUUUGGGGAGGUCCAGCUGAGUGGAUUAGGAGAAGGUUUCCAGACGGUGCGCGUCGGGGUGGUGGGCACCCCCGUGGGGACGGUCACCCUCUCCUGCGCUUACCGCACCAACCUGGCCUUCAUGUCCAGCAGGCAGUUUGACCGGUCGGCCCCCAUCCUGGGGAUCAUCGUGGACCACUUUGUGGACCCCCCCUGCAGCAGCCAGCGCCCCGCAGUCCUGGGACAGCCCUGCAACUACAGAGCCCCCGACGAGGAUGACGGGGGUGCCUUCGCAGGAGUCCAGGACUCCCAGGAGGUCUGCACCACCUCCUUCUCCACCUCCCCGCCCUCCCAGUGUGUCUGUACACUGAGCCCCUCCCCUUCUAAAAUGUCCAAGCCCCUCCCUCUGGACAGUCUGCAGCUCCCAUUGGCUCCUGGACUUGUCGCUCACACUAUGUGCUCCUCCAGGUUAUCGUACCAGCCUGGAGCUCUGCCCGGCGCCGCCGAGGUCCAUCCCACCGCGGCCAACGCCGCCCAGGUGCUGCAUGCUGGGAAAGAAGGCGGAGUCGGAGUGGUUCCCUGUCAGCCUCACGGGGCGGAGACCCACCUGACUGGGGAGCCCCCCCUCAACACCCCCGGCAGCAGUGGUGAUGAUGAGGGUCUGUCGCGGAGCGCCGAAGAGCGAAGCGUCUCCCCGUCUGACCCGGUGGAGUACCUCAACGCUUUCACCCGGAAAGUCGGCGCCUUCGUGAACAAACCCAGCACGCAGAUAACGGCCGCCAACCUGGACCUGCCGUUCGCCGCUUUCGCCGCUCGGGGCCUGGACUCGGAGGGGAGCGAUCCCAUGGUUCAGCCCCCGGAGUCCCCCCCCAGCCAGUCCCCCCUGCAGGCCAGCCUUCACUCUCAGGGCUCAGAGGGAUCCGGGCCGCAGGACGACUUCGUCAUGGUGGACUUUCGUCCGGCCUUCUCCAAGGACGACCUCCUGCCGAUGGACCUGGGCACGUUCUACAGAGAGUUCCAGAACCCCCCCCAGCUGACCAGCCUGUCGCUCCACAUCAGCUCCCAGUCCAUGGCCGACGACCUGGACUCGCUCCCGGAGAAGCUGCGCGUCUACGAGAAGAACAUCGACGAGUUCGACGCGUUUGUGGACAUGCUCCAGUAGGGUGAAGAACACUAGAAGGAGCUGGUACCGUCUCGUGAGCAGAACUCCCACUAAAUCCCCUUUUAUUGUUCCUGACCUUCACCGCCUCCAUCAAUACUCUGUUCCUCACAAACGUCUGGUAGUCGUAGACAAAGUGCACUAAACGUCUGGAGCGGCUCCUGAGACGGAGAAUCUGCCCUCUACUGAGAGCGUUGAAGGUCGUCUCCACGCCGUUCUGAGGCUCCCAGCUGGUCUGGGACUCCGCCCCUUCCUUCUGUGUUAGCUUCCAGCCUCGGAGGACCUUCGGAGCCAGAACCUCCUCCUCCAGCGUAAACCUCAUUCUCAUGGCUGUUUCAGAAGCUGUAAGUUAAUGUGUUGGUGUCCGAAUAAAGCAUGGCUGCUCCGCUCACGCCCCGCCUCUUCCGUCGUCAGCAGAAAGAAAACACCAGACCUGGUUCCAGUUAAGCCGAAGUCUAAAAACCUAAAGAAUUCUCCAGAAUUUUCCAGCCAUCAGAUCUGGAUCUUUCACUCCCAGGAAGCAUGCUGGGAAAUGAGUCUUCCUACCCUGACGUGAACGAUCAGGUGAAAACUCAACUCGUACCCACAGACUUCAUAGAGAAAUAACCAGCAGUUACUCAGUCCUCCUAUUGGUCAGAAGAACCGAUGCCUCUGUUAACGUCUCCUCAAACUGACCAAUCAGAUGCUUCGAUUAAAAGUAGGUGGAGCCUGCUGGCCCCCCUCAUCCCAACAUACAAACAAGUUUGACAGAUUUUGUGGUAGGGGUGUGGCCUUCCAACAAGCUCACUUUUGAUUGGUGAAAGUGGUUGCCACGGAAACUUUCGAGUGACGCCACAUCCACUCGUACCCGGCCCCAGAUACAGUUGAUGUAAACUCUUAUAGCCGCGUCACUCAAUCGCCACAUUUUCCACGUAUGACAUUUCGGUUUUUCGGGCUCCACGCGUGAUAUACGGCGCUCAUAAGUGGGGCUUUUUGCGUUUGUCAUUCAUCGAUGUCCAUCGAGGUUUUCAGCCAACGGCUCUUUUACACAAAUUUCUGUUUUGAGCUGUUGAAAAUGUUUGGUUGUGAAUUCUGCAGCUUAGUUUAUAUGUAAAUCUCACACAAUGGUACGUGAUUUUUGCGAGAUGUAAAAAUGAAUUGCAUAUAAAGG